CACCCUCCCCGUCGCAGGUUUGCGGAAGGUGAUGCUGCGCGCCCACCGCCAGGCUUGGUGCUGGCAGGACGAGUGGACAGACCUGACGAUGGAGGAUAUCCGGCAGUUGGAGGAGGAGACGGCGCGGAUGCUGGCGCAGAAGAUGGCCAAGUGCGGGGAGGUCGAGGAGCCCCCCAUCGCUGGGCCCAGCCCUGAGGGGCGGCCAGAGCCGGGGGGUGCCAGCGGGCAGGAGGGGGCCGAGGUGCAGGGGGUGGCCGAUGCUUCCCCUGAUGAUACCUUUGCCAAGCAGUGGUCCACCUCUUCCCGGUCCUCCUACUCUUCCCAGCAUGGAGGGGGGGUGUCUCCUCAGAGCCUGUCCGAGUGGCGGAUGCAGAACAUUGCCCGUGACUCCGAAAACAGCUCCGAAGAGGAGUUUUUCGAUGCUCACGAGGACCUGUCCGACAGUGAUGAGGUCUUUGCGAAGGAGAUGACAAAAUGGAGCUCCAACGACUUCUUGGACACGCUGGAGCGGCCAGCGGAGCUGGACGAGGCGCUGGGGGACGGAGCCGGCGCCGCCAAGGCUGAUGGCGAAGGAUUGGGGGCAUCCGGCUUCCCCGAGGGGGGCUCAGCGGAGAGCGCGGGGCAAGCGUGCCGGAUCCACGCCCUCUUCCUCAUCCUCCACAGCGGUAACAUCCUGGACCAGGGAGCAGGCGAGCCGGGCUCCAAGCAGGCGGACGUGCAGACGCUGGCAGCCACCUUCGACGCCGUCACCCGUGUCCACUUCCCCGAGGCGCUGGGGCACGUGGCGCUGCGCCUGGUGCCCUGUCCGCCCAUCUGCGCCGCUGCCUACGCCCUCGUCUCCAAGCUCAGCCCCUACAGCCAUGACAGGGACAGCCUGUCCAGCAGCCAGGACCACAUCCCGCUGGCAGCCCUCCCACUGCUGGCCACCUCCUCGGGGAGCUACCAGCACGCCGUGGGUGCCGUCAUCGCCCGCGCCAACCAGGCGUACAGCACCUUCCUGCACUCCGGGGAGGGGGCCGGCUUCUGUGGCCAGGUGGUGCUGCUGGGGGACUGCGUGGGCGGCAUCCUGGGCUUCGACGCGCUCUGCCAGAGCCGGAUGGGAUCAGGGGGCAGCCGCAGCAGCAGCCGCCGUGGCAGCCUGAGCACAGAGCCCAUCUCCCCUGAGCUGUGUGGCGGCAGGGACCCGCUGGCUGAUGGGGCGGACGGAGCAACAGGAUCGGGCCAGGCCAGUCCUGAACUGGGGGCACAGCCGUCCUGCCGGGAGCAGGGGGACAGCCACCAUCACAGCUCCUCGUGCAGCCUGCAGGCCAGCGAGGCCCCGCUGGAGGCAGAGGCACUGCGGAGCGGCACCGCGGCGCUGGACGGGACGGAGGGCACCGGCACUCGCCUCGACUUUAAGGUAUCCGGCUUCUUCCUCUUUGGCUCCCCGCUGGGGCUGGUGCUCGCGCUGCGCAAGACCGUCAUGCCCGCUCUGGAUGUGGCCCAGCUGCGUCCUGCUUGCGAGCAGAUCUACAACCUCUUCCACGCGGCCGACCCCUGCGCUUCUCGCCUGGAGCCACUCUUGGCCAAAGCCUUCCAUGCCGUCCCACCGCUCAGCGUGCCCCGCUACCAGAAGUACCCCCUGGGUGACGGCACCUCCUCCCUGCUGGCGGAGGCCUUGCAGAUGCACUCUGCCCUGUUCCUGCCUGAGGUGGAUGUGGCUGCCCCCCCUACCCCCACCGGCAGUUUCGGGGGCUUCUGGAGGGGUAGCGAGCCGGGAGACCCCCCCACUCCCGCCAGCACCAGCGAAGUCGUCAAGAUCCUGGAGCGCUGGUGGGGCCCGAAGCGCAUCGACUACUCAUUGUACUGCCCCGAUGCCCUGACCGCCUUCCCCACCAUCACCCUGCCUCACCUCUUCCACGCCAGCUACUGGGAGUCCUCCGACGUGGUGGCCUUCAUCCUGCGCCAGGUGAUGGAGAAGGAGGGGCCGCAGCCAGCAGAGAGCGAGGAGAGCUCUAUCUACAGUCCCGCUAUCCCCCGAGAGAAGUGGCAGCGCAAGCGCACCCAAGUGAAAAUCAGGAACGUGACGGCCAACCACCGGGCCAGUGAUGUGAUCGUGUGCGAGGGCAAAGCGCAGGUCCUCAGCGGGCGCUUCAUGUACGGACCCCUGGACGUGGUGACACUGACCGGGGAGAAGGUGGACAUCUACAUCAUGACACAGCCGCUCUCGGGGAAGUGGCUAUACUAUGGCACUGAGGUGACAAGCGGCAGCGGGCGCCUGACCUUCACCAUCCCUCCAGACAAGGCUCUGGCCAUCGGCAUCUACCCCGUGCGGAUGGUGGUCAGGGGGGACCACAGCUAUGCCGAGGCGUACCUGACGGUGGUGGCCCGGGGCACCGAGUCAGUCGUGUUCAGCAUCGACGGCUCCUUCACUGCCAGCGUAUCCAUCAUGGGCAGCGACCCCAAAGUGCGGGCAGGGGCUGUUGACGUCGUACGGCACUGGCAGGAUUCGGGCUACAUGAUCAUCUACGUGACGGGACGCCCCGACAUGCAGAAGCAUCGCGUGGUGGCCUGGCUUUCCCAGCACAACUUCCCCCAUGGCGCUGUCUCCUUCUGCGAUGGGCUCACCCACGACCCCCUGCGCCAGAAAGCUGCCUUCCUGCAGAGCCUGCGCACAGAGGCGGAGAUCACCAUCGUCGCCGGCUAUGGCUCCACCAAGGACGUCUCCGUCUACAGCUCGCUGGGACUCGCGCCAGCACACAUCUACAUCGUCGGCCGGGCCGUCAAGAAGUUCCACAACCAGUGCCAGUUCCUGUCCGAGGGCUACGUAGCCCACCUGGCCCAGCUGGAGGCAGCGGCCCUGGCCCACUCCCCCAAGGGACCCCCGCGGCCCGUGCUGGGCAAAGGCACCUACGGCUGCCCGGCACCCGUCGACUUCCUACGCAAGCAGAGCCAGCUCCUACGGUCUCGGGGCUCCAGCCAGGCAGAGCGGGAUGGGGGACCCCCACCAGCACCCCCAGGGCUGCCCCGGGCCAAACCCCGCAGCGUCAGCCUCAAGCUGGAGGGUGAGGAGUGAGGGUGGCACGGUCACCGUCCCACCGCUGCAGCCUUCGUUUCUGAGCCAGGAGCGCCUGGGGCCAGAGCCUGCGACGGACCCCGAGCCGAUAGGAAGGAGAUGAGGUGCUGGGUCCUCUGAGACUGAGGGGCCCUGGGAGAUGGCACUCCAAGACCCCCCCCGAGGGCCAGAGCUAGCCCCUCAGGGCUGAGCCACCCC